CUCACUUUAACACCUAGACAGACCUACACCUGUUGCUGUUCUGUUCUUCUCUUCCUCUGUGACAGAGGUCUGUCUGUCACCACUCUGUUGGUCUUUACAUCCUCCUUCAUCCAUCCAUCCGUCCAUCCAUCCGUCCAUCCAGAAAGAGAGAGAGAGAGAGAGAGAGAGAGAAAGAGAGAGAAAGACAGAAAGAGAGAGAGACUGACUGGGAGAGACUCCCCAGGUUUAUGUGAAUACCCUGAACUGACAGACAGACUGACAGACCUGCAACACUAUUUGGGACAACACGUUAUCUGUUAUUCAUUUAGUUGAACAAUCAUUUGCUUCGGUGAGAAGAGGAAGAAGAACGAGGUUAAAAUGUCUCUGAACGUUCCGGGCCUGAUCGUCAUGGCGAUCUUCUACUUGCUGAUCCUAGGCACGGGGAUCUGGGCCUCGAUGCGCUCCAAGAAGGUGGAGAGGAAGUGUACAGGGUCGGACGGGAUGGAGAUCACGCUGCUCGCCGGACGCAACAUCAACCUGCUGGUGGGGAUCUUCACUCUGACUGCUACGUGGGUUGGAGGAGGGUUUAUCCUGGGUAUAGCGGAGGCUGUCUACAACCCUACCCUGGGUCUGGUCUGGGCUCUGAUGCCAGUCCCCUACGUACUCACCUUCUUCCUGGGUGGUUUUUUCUUUGCCAAGCCAAUGAGGGAAAACAAGUAUGUGACCAUGAUGGAUCCGUUCCAGAUAAAGUAUGGCAACGUCCUGAGCAGCCUGCUCAUCUUCCCAGCGCUCAUUGCAGACGUCCUGUGGGUCGCUAGGACGCUGGUCAGCCUAGGUGGCACUAUGAGUGUGAUUCUGGACCUGCCCUAUGUCUACUCCAUCUGUAUCAGCUCUGUGGUGGCCAUCGUCUACACUCUACUGGGAGGACUCUACUCUGUAGCCUACACCGAUGUCAUCCAGCUCAUCCUCAUCUUCCUCAGUCUGGUGAGUGACAGGCGGCCAUUCAAAUCGAAUCCAACUUUAUUUGAAAGGAAAUGCCAAUAUACUUACAGGCCCAGUGCAGUAAAUCGAGAUGUUCUUGUGUUUUAUAUAUAUUUCCACACUAGGCUGGAAUAAUAUUGUGAAAUUGUGAAAAUUAUGAUAAUGCCAUUUU